AUGGAGAACUAUACUACUACUACUACCUUUGGAUGUGGCCAGGCCCGAAUUCCCAUGUCUUCGUCUCGCACCACGGCUGACCUUUCUCCCAAUGUUCGGGGAAGAUCUUGUUCGCUGCCUCUUGUUGGAUACGGUGAUAUGAAAUGGCUCUGGCUGCUCGGGAGAAGAGGAGGGCUCCCUAUAUUCGGGCUGGAAAUCACGAUGAGCGACGAAGUAAGGCAGGAGUUGGCUCUUUCUUUUGCUGCUGUUCCUUCGGAAGGCUGCUUCGAAGAUAUCGUGAUCAUUCAUGAUAACGCAGGAUAUGAGGUCGCAAAUGGGAAGAUGUCAACAACUCAGGUGUUGUCGUCCCCACCUGCUUCUCCAACUAUACGAGGUGCAACGACGGAGCCAAACAGCCCGGCAGAAGCCUCUAUCAAUGACCUUGGCCGCUUUGCGAUACUGAUACCGGACAAUGGACAAGCUCGAUUGGCGGUCGAUGCGACAGUGCGUCUCGGCAGCGUCUAUCAUCAGCAGUUCAUCAAGGAAGUACAGCGCGACGGCAAAUGGGUUAACGCUUUCGAGUUUUCUCUCAGCAACCUGCCGCAAUUCGCACAUAUCGGAUGGCGAAUAGGCCGAGGUCGCACGUCGCUCGAGAACCGGGGAGUGGACCUACUUCUGCACGUGGAAGAUGAUGCCAAUAUCGAGGAAGAGGAUGCUGUUGCUGGCAUCCAUGCUCGCUUCAACUGGGUCAAGGGUGCUGGAGGGUUCUUCCUCAUUGCUUCCAACAAGAAGGGCAAGAGAGUCAUGUUGAAUGGCGACGUGUUCAGACAUGACCAACGACUCAUACCCCACCAAAAUGCCAUCAUGAUCGGUGGAUGUGUUUUCACUCUUAGGUAUGAGCUGCGGAAUGCCGAAGAGGAAGAACAGUUCCAAGUGGAACUGACUCAGUUCUUUCGUCAGUUCCAUCGUGAUGAGAAUCCUUUUGUUCUUCCCACGCCAAGUGAGAACGACUCCCGAUUCCAGGACUGGAUUUUCUCACGGCCAAUAUCAAGGGGGAGUUAUGGAGUGGUGUAUACAGUCGUGAACGCUCGAAGCGGACAAGUAGGAGCAGCGAAACGUAUUUUGAAAUCCAGGCGAAAUGCAAGACAUGUGAAUUCGCCCCCUCUAAAAGCCAACUGUGGUCUUCACUCUAAUGGGCCUGAGCAGGAACGGAUUGCAACCGCGCUCGAAAUCCACCAUAUCAAAGGAGGCCCAUCCAGGGUCGAAGUUGAAAGAAUCCGAAGCAAUCUAGACGAAAAAUGGCAGCCAACUCCUUACGAUGUCACAGACGAAUAUCUCAUCAUCUCACCUCUUCUCAAUGCCACAUUUCGUUCCCUUUAUGAAUCUAACGUAAAUACAGACGGCCGUGCAAUAUUCUUUGCCCAGCUGUUAGAUGCAGUCGCCUUCCUUCAUGAAAAUGGUAUCUGCCAUCGCGACAUAAAACCAGACAAUAUCUUGGUGAAGAGUUACGAUCCACCUGCAGCUAUGCUGACUGAUUUCGGGUGCGCUUCGGACAAGCCAGUUAUACUGUAUGAUUUUCCAGGAACUAUUCCCUACCUUGCGCCCGAGCAAGUCGAGAAGAGGACACACGAUCGUUCUGUGGAUUACUGGAGUUGUGGGUUAGUUGGGCUCGAAUUGACGCUGCGCAGAACAUACGGACGGAGAAUCAUGUCGUCCGAUGAUCUAUCUGAGUGCCAAAAACAUCUUGAAGGUUCAGACUCGCCUACGGCGAUAUGCGCUGGCAGAAUGCUUCAGUUAGAACCAAGUGCAAGACUGACAGCGGAGGAAGGCUUCAAACUACUUGAAGACCUGCGUAACAAAAACUCGGGAAAACGGAAAAGGUGCUAA